AUGAAGAUCCCGGCCGCCGUCAUCGGCCUGGCUGCCCGCGCCUCCACGGCAGUGGCCGCCAUCAACAUCACGGAAGCUGUCCCCCUUGCAUUACUGACCUCGCAGCCGUCGUUUGCGAAGCUAGUAGAUUCGGCCUUGGUCUCCUUCUCGUUUGAGUUCCAGUUUUGGCCCACAUAUGCGGGCAACGCCACAAAUCAGCCGAACCCGUUCGUUCAUCAGCUGUUGAAAAAUUUGGCGGAAAGGACAGGGAAAACACCAGCCGUCCGUGUCGGAGGUAGGUCCCACGUUGCUCCAUAUUGGCUCGGAAUUUCAGCACUCUGGCACCACAUUCAAGUGGUCACUGCCCUGGAACGAGUGAGAAUACCGCCUAUGUCGACACCUCGUUUCAGGUGUGGGACGCGACCCAGUUGGGCGAAGUUUUCGGGCCGUUUAUCCAGCAACCUACCCGCUGGCACCGAGCUCACCUUCGGCCUCAACAUGGGAUCUCGCGCCGGUCUCACCAAGAACGUGACCCUCAAAUUCGUCGAAAUCGGCAACGAACCAAACGUUCAUGUCCCGUCCCUGGAGAGCUACGUGUCCGAAUGGAAAUCUCUUGCCAGGACAGCUCUACGGAAUAUCAAGAUGGGCGGCAAUGGCAACCCUUCUCUCUUGAUUGGAUCCGAGAUCAUUGGCUUCAACUUUCCGUUCUGGCUGACUGGAACGCUGGAGGCGGGGAUCCUAGACAGCGAAGAUAUUUCCAGCGUUACCUACGUCCUCAAUGAGCACCAGUACUCAGACGGCAUGUUCGAUGCAACCCCCGGCGGCCCGCCUCAGGGUACUUUGAUGAACAAAGGAACCAUCCGAAGUAACUUGUCAACCGUUUACAGUGGGAUGUUGAACACCGAGAGCUACAACAGGAGGCAUUACUUGGGAGAAGCCAAUACCUAUGGCGGACAAGAUCUCUUGCGCCUGUCCAACACCGGCGAAUCAACCGUGUGGGCAGUUGACUAUUUGCUCAAGGCGGCGUCGAUGGGGGUUGAGCGCGUCUACUUCCACAGCACCGCCAACCGCUUGUUCGCUGUCUUUCAGCCUAGAUGGAGAUUCACCAAUGGCACUGGCAUUAGCCGCCCGCAUAUUAUGCCUAUGUACAACGGCCUGCUCGUCGUGGAUGAGAUGGUCGACAAAAGUGAGAAAGCCAAGAUCGCGGAGAUGGAGAACAAGAGCGACGGCCUGGCGACGUAUGGGAUGUGGGAGAAUGGCAAGCUGGUCAGGAUGGCGUUGAUUAACUCAAACGUGUUUGACCAGAACGCCACAACGAGAUCGGCCAUCAAUGUCACCUUAAGCGGCGUACCCAUGGGACGUUCCCGACUCUCAAGCGUCUGA